AAAAUUGCGGAAAAUAACGUUCCUGCUGUGCCAGCCAUCUCGGCGCUCAGUGAGGCGGUCGUGACUGUGUUUCUGCACUUUGUCUAUCUCGACGCCUUGGAGUUCGAGUUGAUAGAUGUCGACCAUGAGGCAUACAUCUUGGAACAGGAGUCGGGACCAGACGGCACACGUGCGCAGGGACGCAUGCUUGUCUCCUCGGAAGUCGAGCAAUUGCGUGGCCUCGCGACGUUGCUAGGCUUAGAGCGUCUUGUCAAUUUUCUUGAUCUCAGAAGUGCACCAGCUGAGAGCAAGAUAGCACCUCUGUCACUUGCGCCAUCGGAUUUGCGCUCCUCGCUGCGUCGUCUCUUCCUGCAGACCUUCGAGCGAGCAAAGGUCUGCAAUUUUCUUUGGUGUGAUUGUCUGCGAUGUUUAUUCCUAGCAGUCUAUUUUUAAGACAAGAAUGUGGCUUCGUGAUUUGUUAUCUAUGAUACUACGAUGACAUCACACCCACGACAUUCGACUAAGCUGUUAAUAAUAUGUUCAGAUCGCUGACUUCGUGAAGCACCACAAGGCGCUGCAAUUGCGUGAGGCUAACAUGCGCAGUCCGCGCAGCAGGAAGCCUAAUAUUUUGCAGCAGCUGCGCGACGAGGCCAGCGGGUGGCGAGGCCUUAAUUGCUUAGUUCAGUGUGGCGAUUUGAAGUACUGCCCACCGGAGUACGGAGGCAGAGUUUUUGCCGACACCGGCAAGGACACGACGCUCUUGGCCGCGCACGCAGCAGUUUUACUUGGGGAGUGCACCGGUGUCAAUCUUAUAGAGCGCAGUGUGGACGGCGGGAAAGUGCGCUCACCGUUGCAUCGCGCGAUCUUGACCGAGAAGGAUGAUGCGGACACCCCAGAGGCGCGCUACUACCUGUUGGACUUGUCCGACGUACCCGUAGACAUCGUGCUGGCAGGCCUGAGUUUUCUCUACACCAGAGAGUUCGCAGACAUUGCUAUGCCAUACUUGCGGCCGCCGCUCUACAAAGACGAAAACAGUUCCCUGGAACACUUUCUCUACGGAAGCGAGGAGCUCUGGCAGAGCCUCGAACACAUCUACACAGAAAUCGGGAAGGUAGCGUGAACUGAUUUAAACGCACAAUUUAGAUUAUAUUGGUUUUUUUUGAGACUACAGAAAAGCAAUCUCAUAACUGAAGCUACUUGGCUAUUUUUACGCAGUUGACGAGGAUAUUUAUUAGUGAUUCCGCUAAUCUUUAAUUUCCUUUUCACUGAAAACAGGGUUAGUAGUGUUGUACCUCAUUUCAUUUCACUGAAUAAUUUGUUUCAGGAAAACAAGCAGAGCGCGGCUUCGUCGUCGUCAGGUAUCGAUGUUGAGGCCACGGACGCUGCGUUAGAUAAGAUUGAGGUCUAUCGCACGAAAUUUUUGUGGAGUCCUCGUCGUAGGGUGCAAUGGUUCAUGGAUCUCUUCCUGUUCGCGGACAAGGUGAAGGCGGCUGUCUUGCGCACUUACAGUGAGGAUGCGUUGCUAGGCAACCUCUCCGACCACAAUUGGGCAGAUCUAUGGGUUUUCGCCGACGAGCGAGAUGCGCCAGCUCUGCGCGAGGCCGCGCUGCAGUUUGGUCUGCGCCAGGUCGCGCCGUUUGCAUUUUUACGCUUUUUUGGCAAAAACAUGCAACGGAACGCAAUGUUCGUGGACAAUGCGGCAAAAACUGGCGGCGACGCAAACGCAAGUAGUACUAGCUCUAGCUCGUCAACGUCCGCACUAGGUGGUGGGAGUGGCGCGGGAGGAGGCAAUGCAAGUAGUAGCAGUGGUGGGAUCAAAGGAACAGUGACAAGUGCAACUGACUUGGAGAGCGGUCUCUUCUUUUCCCACCAGUCCUUAUGGUUCAAAUCUGGGGCAUUGGAGAAGUUUCUUUUCGACUUGGAUCUUCCGCACACCCCUCUGAUUCUGCAGGAGCAUUUUAACAGCAACUUGAUGUCAGAGGUGAAGAAGCGCAGGCCAGCACAGUUUAACGAGUUGAAAGAGCGCCUUGUGGGCUUGCUUAUCGAAUUUGAAAAAGUGGAGUACAACUUGGACCUGGUUUUGAGCAAGAGCGUUUUCCACAAUGACAACGACGACCUGGUGAAACUCGUCUCUUCUGCGAAACAGGAUAUGGCCACAAUCCAAAUCUACACUGAAAUACAAUGAUGAUGCGUUAACGACAAAAAUUUCAUACUCUUUGCAUUCUCCUUAAGAAGGCACAGAUAAAAUGAAUCAUGGUAUCAAAAGUGAGGAUUUCGGUCAUUUUCGUAACCCAAUCCCUUCUUCAUGCAAUGCUUCGGACGCUUUUUGUUCAAAAGCACGGGGAAAGUAGCUGAGAAAGUGGAUCCGGUAGACGAACCUGUGAAAGCACGUAGCGUGUUUCCGAAGGAGAAGCUAUUGUUUGGCUACUUACUCGUCACCUACUUCUGGGAAGUAUUUGUCGCUGUUCUGGCGUUUCUUGUAUGGCGCUACCGCGAUGCACUUGCUAAUCGCGUUUUCUUCAUUUACGGGCUGCGGCGACUGGCGGAAGAGUUCGUUGCAAAUGCGUUUGUCUCAACGAGUGAAGAGGCAACAGAAAUGCUAGAGAGCAUGCACGCACUGCGCUCUCUCGACGUCCUGAUGCGAAAUGCCAUCGAAGGCUACCCUAUUCUGGCGCGGAUGUACCAGACCAUCGUAUUCUUCCUUGAAUAUGCACACACGCUGUCCGUGGCGGUACAACUGAAUCCUUACUUUUUGCUGCUGUCCUUCAACGCUUUGGUUUUGGCGACACUGCUAGCGCUCUACGUGAAGUACAUCGCCUAAGUUCAUCGGGUUGGAUGCGAUGAGCCUUUGUCAUCGAGAAGAGUUUUGCCCUUUCAUCACAUGAAAAUUUGUUGAAUCCCAGAAUUGUUGCAGCUGCUUCGCUACCGUCAUUACGAAAAGACCUAUGCUCGUGACGAGAAAUAUGCUGAAGGUCACACUCCACACACUAAUAUUCAAGAUUUGAAUUCUGUUUAGAAAUGAUACAUUAACCACCCAUCGAUCGAUGCUAACGUACUCCAUAAGAGAUACCCCCUGUCGCCUAAGACCGCGGGUGUACAUCGGGUCUGAAUGCUAGAUUUUAUGUGGUGGAAGAACGACUUCCUCA